CUCAUCCUCAUCCCCAUCCCCACCCUCUCGCUGCUGCUUCGGCCUCGAUUGCGCGCGGCGAUGGUCGCACCCCCACGAUGAAAUCCUUUUCGAGUUCCGUCAUCAAUAAGUCGGGCAAGAAGUUUGCCCCCAAGGCGCCCGCCCGACGCGCCCCAGCCCAGCCUGCUCCCCCGAGACGACCCAGUGUAGCCUCCCAGCCGUCUGCGUCUGCAUCUCAGACUCCUCAACCUCAGCCCCCGACCGAGACUGCGACCCCCGAAUCCGCUCCUCCUCCGCCCACUCAGCCCCCCGUUCCUGCUGAGCCCUCCAUCCCCAAUGAACCAUCCGUUGCCCCCAAGGAAGAUGCCGUGCCUCCUCGAUCUGCGACUGCCAUUCCCAUCCCUCGUCCUAAGCGGAAGGCCUCAGUUUCGAUAGCCGCUCCUGUGACGACGGAGGAAUUGCCUACCCCGCCUCAAUCUACCCCGCCCAUACCUGCCCCAUCCGACAUCUCAGUUGAGCAGGCGCAAGUCGUGCCAGAUGUGGGUACGUCUGCGCCUCCCUCUCAGACGCAUCUCCCUGCCGCCGACGAUGCGACGGAGAUUCGCCCAUCGAAGCGUCCCAAGACCACCACCAAUUCCACAGCCAUCCCGAAGCCCACUUCUGCCGCCACCUCCACUGCUCCCACCCUCACGCACACCCUAGAACUCGGACCCACCGACACCAAUCCCCAACUUAUCACUCCUCCUGCCACGCAGGCGACUGCGACAGACAGUGAAGAGACAACAGAAAGCCGUGCCAGGGCGGAAUCUCAGAGCACUACUGCUGGUCAGACGCGAAAACCGACGAGGGCGAGGAGGAAGUCGGUCAAAGAUGGCAAUGAUGAGAGCGCAGCCGGUAAGAAGAAGGAAAAGAAAACACGGACGCGCAAGAAGCGCGAGCCGACUCCCGAGGGCUCGGAAAAUGUCGAAAUCGCCCCUGGACUUGUUAAAAUGUCGGAGCUCUGCAAGGAUAUGCGAACAGGGAGAAUGUCCAAGCGGGAAACCGAGCUGCGCAAUAUGGAGCAAGCCGAGCUAGAACGGAAGCAAAAGGCACAGGAAGAGGGUGACACAGAGGCACCAGUCAAACAAAAUACAGCCGAAGCAUCCCCGGCAGAACCCAGCAACGACACGGCGGGGAAUAAGGCGCCGGCAGCAGGACCGGUGAUGAGAAUUGUUAACGGAGAGAUCGUGCUGGAUACUGCUUCCUUGCAGGUCGAUCGCCACGCCGAUGCAGCAAGAAAUGCCGAUCUAGAGGAUGUGGUCGAAAAUUCGCUUACUCGGAAGAUCAACCAAGCUACAUACGGAAAGCGCUCCAAGACCGAGUCUUGGGAUGAGGAGAUGACGGAUCUCUUCUACAGAGGGUUGCGCAUGUUCGGCACGGAUUUUAUGAUGAUCAGCAAGUUCUUUCCUGGGCGCUCCCGGCGUCAGAUUAAGCUGAAGUUCAACAAUGAAGAACGCCGUGACCCGCAGCGUAUCAAGGAAACCCUUCUAGGCCCGCGCGAGGCGAUCGACAUCAACACCUACUCGGAGAUGACCAACACUGUCUAUGACGACCCCAAGGUUAUCCAGCAACAACUGGAUGAGGAGAAGCAGCAGAUCGAGGAACAACACGCCAAAGAGAAGCAGGCGCAGGAAGAGAUGCUUCGUAAUCCUGACGGCGGUACCGAUGGAAACAACGAUGCGCCCGCUAAAGUGAAGCGGGUCAGCAAGAAACAAGCCAUGAAGGCCAUGGCCGGAGGCACUGAAGAAGUCCUGGGCACUAUUGAUGACAUGUGAGUAUAUACGGCCGAUUCGGAAUCGCUUGGUCAUCCAGAUCGUGCCUUAGUACUCGGUUUUAUCUAGCAAAAAAAAAAUUUU